AAAUUAAUGUGUUAUAUUUAAUGAGUGUUUUGCUGUUUAAUUAUCGUAUUAAACUGAUAUAGUACCAAUAAAUUAUUUGGAAAAUAUUGUGUGUAAACAUAAAUUGUUGCGGAACAGAUUGGUAAACGGUGAAAAGUACUUCAGAAUUUUAUUAUACAUAACCAAAUAUGUUAAAAUGGUUAUAUAUCAUCGCUUUUGUAAUCUUGUUAGAACAAAAUGCGAUCAAUGCACAGUUUGAUGCUCAUCAUGAACCAGGACGAUCAGGAAUCGUCCAUUUAUUCGAAUGGACAUGGCGCGAUGUUGCAGCAGAAUGUGAAAGAUUUUUGGCACCAAAUGGCUUUGCUGGUGUCCAAGUAUCGCCAGUUAACGAAAAUAUAGUUAUCGAGAAUAGACCAUGGUGGGAACGAUAUCAGCCAAUUUCAUAUAAAAUAGUAACACGCUCUGGAAAUGAAGGAGAUUUUGCUGACAUGGUCAGGCGAUGUAAUCAAGUAGGAGUGAGAAUUUAUGUAGAUGUGGUUAUUAAUCACAUGUGCGGAAACCAUGGCCAUGCCACUGGAACUGGAGGAGGUACAGCAGUACCAGAAGAGCGCCAAUAUCCAGAAGUGCCUUAUGGUCCAGGAGAUUUCCACCCACCAUGUACAAUUACUGAUUAUACAAACGCGCAAGAGGUUAGGAACUGCGAAUUAGUAGGUUUGCAUGAUUUGGAUCAAUCCAAAGAUUGGACGAGGAAAAAGAUCAUAGAUUUUCUCAACAAAUUAGUUGAUUUGGGCGUGGCUGGAUUUCGGGUUGACGCUGCUAAACAUAUGUGGCCAUCGGAUUUGGCUUUUAUAUAUAAUGCUGUAAGAAAUCUGAACACUGCUUAUGGAUUCAACGAUGGGGCUAGACCUUUUAUUUAUCAAGAAGUUAUUGACCUAGGUGGUGAAGCAGUGUCCAAAAACGAAUACACAAACAUAGGACGAGUAACUGAAUUCAAAUUCAGUGCUGAAAUUGGAAGAGCCUUCCGGGGUCACAAUGCCUUGAAAUGGCUGGUCAACUGGGGUCCUGCAUGGGGUAUGCUGCCAGAUGAUAAGGCGCUUGUAUUUGUUGACAAUCACGAUAACCAGCGAGGCCAUGGAAGUGGUGGUUCAGAAAUAUUAACUCAUAAGCAGCCUAAACAAUAUAAAAUGGCAAUUGCCUUUACUUUGGCUCAUCCAUAUGGUCUACCUAGACUGAUGUCAAGCUUUGGUUUUAGCAAUAGUGACCAAGGUCCUCCACAAGAUCAAUCUGGAAAUAUCGUGUCACCGCAGUUUGAUGCAAAUACUGGUGCCUGUACCAACGGAUGGAUAUGUGAGCAUAGAUGGAGACAAAUUUACUCAAUGGUGGCUUUUAGAAAUGUGGUCCAAAAUAAUAAAAUUCAACAUUGGUGGGAUAAUGGUUCAAACCAGAUUGCAUUUGCACGCGGUUGUGCUGGUCUAGCAGUCUUCAAUAAUGAAAAUCAACAGAACUUGCAACAAACGCUUCAGACUUGUUUGCCUGCCGGAAGAUAUUGCGAUGUAAUAUCUGGAAAAGCGGAAAAUGGCAGGUGUUCCGGUAAAACUGUAGAAGUAUCACCUGAUGGAAAAGCUUAUGUAGAGAUUUUACAUUCGGAAGACGAUGGGGUUCUCGCUAUACAUAUAGGAAAACAGUCUCUUCUCAGCCUAAAGUCCAAAAUGUAGUCGAGUUUGAAAAAGAGGAAGUCAAGUCAAUGACAGAGGUUAUCAUGUGGUUAUUUAGUCCAUAUGUAAUAUUGUAUGGUUGUGGUUAAUAAAGUAAAUUUCCUUCAUUAGAUUUUCAUUACCGGAACCGGAAUG